AGCAUGAGCAGUCGCCAUUGUUUGGGCAACAGAUUAGCCUGGUACUGGCCAUCUGUGAUAGGAAAAUAUAUCAAUCAAACCCAUUAAAGAGAGGGGCAGCUGGUAAUAUUAGCAAACGUUUAAUGUUUAAUCAUUUGUUCUGUAUGAGUGAUUAAGUGAACAACAGAUCGACGCAAAUCUAAGAAUGACUGAUCAGAGGAGUGGAUAUCAGCAGUUGAAUAAUGAGGAGGAGACAGGGGAGGUGAUCCAACAAGCCACUGAUGCUCCUCCACCAUACAGCACCGUUGCAGCAAGUAACGCAGCUUUUUUUGAGUACAAAGAGGAUGAACUGUACCCCAAACCCCCAUCAUACAAUGUUGCUACAUCAUUGCCAUCAUAUGAUGAGGCCGAGAGGAGCAAAGUAGAAUCCACUGUACCCCUCGUCACUGACAGGGAUGAAGACUUUAUUGCCAGGGAUGGCUUUCAUGAUACAGAUCAACUGCGGGUUGGGAAUGAUGGGAUAUUCAUGCUGACGUUUUUCAUGGCAUUCCUCUUUAACUGGAUUGGCUUUUUCCUGUCCUUCUGUCUGACCACCUCUGCCGCUGGCCGCUAUGGUGCCAUCUCUGGGUUUGGACUUUCCCUGGUUAAAUGGGUCCUGAUUGUCAGGUAUUCUACCUACUUCCCUGGAUAUUUUGACGGGCAGUACUGGCUGUGGUGGGUUUUCCUUGUUGUAGGAUUCCUGCUAUUCUUCCGGGGGUUUGUCAACUACUCCAGAGUUCGCAACAUGGCAGAUCAUUCCAUGUCGACCCUUCCUCGAACCCAAGUUCUUUUUAUCUAUUAGGUAAAUCAAAAGAAUCGAUUCACUGGUUUUACAUGCGUGUUUAUGUGUGUGCAGUAAUGCCACAGUAUGUGAUAAGAAUGUGAAGGAUUAUUCAAAAGAGAUUGUUCUAAAAUAUAAAAAUGAGUAUUUCAUAAAAUUUCAUGAUUGAAUAUAUAUAAAUCUAUAUUCUAAAAUGUAGGUGAAGUAUAAAAAAAAGAAAAUCUGAUAAUGGAUUUUAAACCUCAGGAUUACUGGAAAAUGAACAAAACGGCAAACUCAAAGCAAGCUGACGACAUGUUUUUGAAUCUUCGGGACAUAAACGGCAGAGCAAAGAUGAAUCAUACACAUCUCUGUUGUUCACAUAAUGCAUCGAAUUAUACAUUGGCAUUUUUACUAAAGUAUCUGAAUUGUUCUCCAGCCAUUUAUCUGUGCUUAAAGUGCAGUCAUAAUAUAUGCAUACAUUCUGCAGUUAAUGUGCAUGUGUUUGGCAUUUUAAAGGUGCACUCAAUUUUGCUCCUAAAGAAAUUAAUUGUAAUUUUGAAACGUAUGUAAAUAAUCAUGACCACUUGCAUGAGAUGAAGACUCCCUUAUAAUAACUGUUUUAUUCUACAUGGAGAGGGUACUGUCAUGGUGACUGCCAUGUUAGGAUCACAUGACGAGCCAAAUACUACUUGCUUAAGCUCAGUAACGUCCUGUUAUUGGAAACUUUCACUCAUGGAUUAAAUUAUGGUAAUAUCAUGGCUGACUGAAUUUCUACAAUGGCAUCGUUAUCUGAAAACUAUUGUUUGUUGCUGCUUCCACACCACUAGGUGUCAGUGUAAAUCCAAUACAACAUAAAAAAAAAAAUAAUAAAAAUCUGAGUGCACCUUUAAAUUUUAAUAAGCAGUGAUGCCAUCAGAGAGUUUGUUUUGUUAAAUUCCCAGUCGCACAGUUUGUUUCUGUAAGUUUUCUCUUAAUUUGUGGGAAAGUUGUCAUUUUACUUUGUGAGUAAAUCUAGUAAUUGAACUUCUUUUGUGAUUUACAAAAGAGGAUGUACUGUAUAUAAAGGUACUCAAGAAUAGUGAUAUAAACGUUAUAAACAUGCACUUUUAAGAUAUACACAGAACAAAAACACAGAACAACUGUUGGGUCCUUUAUAAGUUUAGUCAAGUAUACUUAAGCAAUUUGUUUCAAAUGAAGAGGACCAAAAUAUUAGUUAUCAUGUAAUAUGUAAGCUUAGAUUAAUAGCAAUUCAGUAUAAUGAAAAUUAAUACAGCAUUCAAGCACAUCUGUAUUCAUAUUAUAAUGCGCUUAAUCGAUGAUCUGGUUAGAGUUAUGGAAUAUUUUAUGAUGCCAAAUGUAGCAGUAUAGAAUUAAUUUCAGUAUGAGAUCGUGCUUCACAGUGUGUUUGUGAUUUACAUGUUUUACACUUGUCUAGUAACUUUUAAUAAAUGUAACUUCUAUGGCAACUCCACUGGUUACUUUGUAUGUUUGUCAAAAAAUAUCUGGUGUUUAAGCACUAAC